AUAUGAGUUAAAGAUUACAAAGGCAAUUAGGUAUGAGUGGGUAUUACGUUGAAAGCAACAACAGUGAUGAUAAUAAAUUGAUAAAGACGCUAGAUAAUUGAAGUCCCAAGUCAGAUGUUGCGCGGGCGCAGAGAACGAUCGCUAAAUGAAAUAACCGAGCAAUUUAGUCCGACCCGUUCAUCCGUGCAGUGUAGUCGUAUUUAGUUUUGUAUCAACUGGUUUAACUGUUUGUUUUUUUAGACACGUGUGUGAGUGUGUUGAACUAUGGGUCUGCAGAAUGCUGAUGAUGCGAAAGGCGGUGUCGGUACAGAGCUCGUGUUCUAUGUCAAUGGAAAGAAGGUGGUCGAGCCUAACCCGGACCCAGAAUGGACCCUGCUCUGGUACCUGAGGAAGAAGCUGCGGCUCACCGGCACCAAGCUGGGCUGUGCUGAGGGCGGCUGUGGAGCCUGCACUGUCAUGAUCUCUAAGUACAACCGGAGAGAGAGCAAAGUCGUUCAUCUAGCAGUCAACGCCUGUCUAGCCCCAGUCUGCUCUAUGCACGGCCUCGCCGUCACCACCGUGGAAGGAAUAGGGUCCACCAAGUCGAAGCUACACCCGGUACAAGAGAGAAUAGCCAAAGCACACGGAUCCCAGUGCGGCUUCUGCACCCCUGGUAUCGUCAUGUCCAUGUACACCCUACUGCGAAGCUCAGACAGUAUAAAAUUCGAAGACAUGGAAGUCGCCUUCCAAGGCAACCUCUGCAGGUGCACAGGAUAUCGAGCCAUCAUCGAGGGAUACAAAACUUUCAUUGAAGACUGGGAAAACAGAAGAGUAUCCAAUGAUUCUAAUGUUCAGAAUGGAAAAGGAGUCUGCGCAAUGGGAAAAGAUUGCUGCAAGAACAAAAAGAACCAUGAAACAGAUGACAGUGAAACUCAAUACAUUUUUGACAAAUCAUCCUUCUUGCCGUAUGACGCCAGUCAAGAGCCAAUCUUUCCACCAGAGCUGAAGCUUUCAUCUAUGUAUGAUGAUCAAGAGCUCAUUUACAGGGGAAAAAAAGUCACCUGGUAUAGACCAACUGAAUUGAAAACACUUUUAAAACUCAAAACGCAGCACCCAGAUGCUAAAAUUGUGGUCGGAAAUACAGAAGUAGGAGUUGAAGUAAAAUUCAAACACUGCGUGUAUCCUGUAAUAAUAAUGCCUAACAGUAUCCCAGAACUAAACAACAUAACGGAAACGAAGAAUGGAUUUACUGUUGGAGCGUCAGUAACACUCUCAGAGAUGGAUAAUGAAUUUAGGAAACAAAUAGAUAUACUACCUAAGUACAAAACUAGAACUUUAAAAACAAUUGUAGAUAUGUUGAACUGGUUCGCUGGAAAACAGAUAAGAAAUGUUGCAGGAAUUGGAGGAAAUAUUAUGACUGGUAGUCCGAUAUCUGAUUUGAACCCGAUUUUAAUGUCGCUGAAAGUGAAACUUAAUCUCUUGAGUGAAAAAGGAGGCCAUCGUUCAGUGCAGAUGGACGAAACAUUCUUUACUGGGUACAGAAAGAAUGUGGUCAAGCCCGACGAGAUUUUGCUUUCGAUUGAAAUUCCGUUUACGACGAAAUUCCAGUAUGUAAAAGCCUUUAAACAGGCAAAACGGAGAGAAGACGAUAUCUCCAUAGUAACAGCAGCGAUAAAUGUUGAAUUCGAAGAUAAUUCGAACGUUAUCAAGAAUAUUAAUAUAGCAUACGGUGGAAUGGCUCCGGUUACAAAAAUUGCAACAAAAACAGGGAACUCGCUGAAGGGUCAAAAGUGGAAUGAAGAAAUGCUUGAAGUGGCUAAUGCUGCAUUAUUGGAAGAGUUGCCACUCCCUCCAUCAGUGCCGGGAGGCAACGUACUGUUCCGACAGGCUCUGACCAUGAGUCUAUUUUUGAAGGGCUAUUUAGUAAUUGCCAAAGAAAUGUCAGCGGACUAUAUUCACAAGGACAUGAUAAAACCGUGUCACUUGAGCGGUGCAGACCAAUUUCACGGAGUCAUGCCGAAAAGCUCUCAAUACUUCUCACUCAUCGGUGACCAGCAGGUCAAGAGCGAUGCAGUUGGAAGGCCUGUCCAGCAUAUGUCAGCGUACAAACAAGCCACUGGUGAGGCUAUCUACUGUGAUGACAUGCCGACAGCUGAAGGUGAAUUAUAUUUAGCAUUUGUGACAAGCACAAAAGCUCACGCCAAAAUUUUAUCUGUUGAUGCCUCAAAGGCACUGGCAGAUCCAGAUGUUGUAGCAUUCUUCUCCGCUAAGGAUGUCACUGCUGAACAGAACAUGAUCGGUGCUAUAUUCCACGAUGAGGAAUUGUUUGCAUCUGAAAAAGUAACCAGUCAAGGACAAACAAUAGGCGUCAUAGUAGCCAAAGACCAAGCGACGGCUCAAGCAGCAGCUAGAAAAGUAAAAGUAGAAUACGAAGAGUUACAGCCGGUAAUUAUCACGAUAGAAGAUGCCAUUAAAUUGGAGUCAUAUUAUCCCCAAUACCCGAAAUCAAUUAAAAGAGGUGAUGUGAACGCAGCUUUCGAAGAUAAGAACAAUGUGAUUGUUGAAGGCGAAUGUCGAAUGGGUGGCCAAGAACACUUUUACCUAGAAACACAUGCGGCAUUUGCCAUCCCGAAGGGUGAAGACAAUGAAUUAGAAAUCUUCUGUUCGAGCCAACAUCCAACUGAAAUCGCUAAACUUGCAAGUCAUGUAUUACAUGUACCGAUGAACCGCAUAGUUGCUCGUGUAAAGCGCAUGGGAGGUGGAUUCGGAGGAAAAGAAUCCCGUGGUUUGCUUGUCGCCUUGCCCGCUGCUCUAGCGGCUCACAGAUUGGGUAAGCCAGUCCGAUGCAUGCUGGACAGAGACGAAGAUAUGGUGAUGACAGGGACAAGACAUCCGUUCCUCAUCAAGUACAAAGCAGUCGUAACAAAGGAGGGCAAAAUGGUUGGCGCUAAAGUGACUAUUUACAACAACGGAGGAUAUUCGUUCGAUUUGUCUGGACCUGUGGUGGAAAGAGCUAUGUUCCAUUUCGAGAAUGCAUACUACAUUCCCAACGUAGAAGUUACGGCUUACGUCUGCAAAACCAACUUGCCAUCCAACACUGCUUUCCGCGGCUUUGGUGGACCCCAAGGAAUGUUCGGAGCUGAAGUUAUGGCGCGUCAUAUCGCCCACAAAUUGGGAAAAUCUCCAGAGGAAAUAAGCUACAUGAACCUGUACAAAGAGAAUUUGACCACACAUUACGGCCAGGAGUUGGUGUACUGCACCCUGCAAAGAUGUUGGAAUGAGUGUGUUCAGAAAGGCAAUAUGGCUGCGAGGAAAUUGGAAGUAGAAAACUUUAACAAGCAACACAGGUGGCGCAAGCGCGGCAUAGCUAUUGUCCCGACUAAGUUUGGAAUAGCUUUCACCGAGAAGUUCUUGAACCAAGCCGGUGCUUUACUCAUCGUCUACCUCGACGGAUCCGUCUUGCUCUCCCACGGAGGCACUGAAAUGGGACAAGGACUGCACACGAAAAUGGCCCAAGUGGCUUCAAGAGUGCUGGGAAUCGACAUUUCCAAGAUCCAUAUCAGUGAGACCUCCACCGAUAAGGUUCCGAAUACCUCAGCAACCGCUGCCAGCGCUGGCUCAGAUUUGAACGGCAUGGCGGUUCUGCAAGCUUGUGAAAAGGUUGUCGCUCGAUUACAACCAUACAAGGAAAAGAACCCAGAAGGUAAAUGGGAGGACUGGGUCAAUGCUGCCUUCUUCGACAGAGUGAGCCUGAGUGCGACAGGGUUCCAUGCUACUCCUGAUAUCGGUUACAAUUUCAAAGAGAACACCGGAAAGCCCUUCAAUUACUUCACGUAUGGAGCGGCUUGUACCGAAGUUGAGAUCGAUUGCCUGAGCGGAGACCACCAAGUCCUACGAACCGACAUUGUGAUGGAUUUGGGAGAGAGUUUGAACCCAGCUAUCGACAUUGGGCAGAUCGAAGGAGGCUUCAUGCAAGGAUACGGCUUGUUCACCAUUGAAGAGCUGAUAUACUCUCCAACUGGUACCUUGUAUUCGCGAGGGCCUGGCGCCUACAAAAUACCUGGAUUCGGUGACAUACCUCAGGAGUUUAAUGUGUCUUUACUAAAGGGGGCACCCAAUCCAAGAGCUGUUUACUCUUCAAAGGCGGUAGGCGAGCCACCCCUAUUCCUGGCGUCAUCAGCAUACUUCGCCAUCGUGGAGGCCAUCAGGGCGGCGCGCGCCGACGCCGGGGUGCCACUGGACUUCCAGCUAGAGGCGCCAGCCACCGCCGCCAGGAUACGCAUGGCGUGUGAGGAUGAUAUCACUAAGAAGUUGCCGAAACAUGAGCCGGGUACCUUUGUGCCGUGGAACAUUGUGCCUUAGAUGUGUUAUUAUAACUACUAGAAUUAUAUAUAAUUUUAUAUACUCACUCUGUUUUACACUGAUAUUGUUAUUUUUUAUAUUAUUAUUAUGUAAAUAAACUACAUAAGAAUAUAUUUUGGUUU